GUAUGUAACCUCUGAACCCGAGUAGCAACGUGGCGCGCGUGCUGAAUGUGGAAUUUCACCGGCUCGAGCGUAAAUUUACCAUCUAUAAUUUGUUCAACCCUUCCGCCCGACAGUCUAAAUAUUUGACCGUCCGAAGUCCCGUCACACGUGCUGAGAGCUGUCUUCAGGUCGGUAGAACCCCGGAUUAGACGACAAGUUUUCUACAUACUACUGAAGGUUGCAAAAACAAACAGCCCCAAAGUCCGUCAGUCUGGACCUGAUUAGAGGACCCUGCUUAAAGGUGAUGCAAUAGUGGCCAAACAAGAUGGCAGCCAGAAGUUUGUACCAACUCAACUGUGUAAAGUCUGUUCUCAAGCAAGGCAAGCUGGUGAACUCUUCUUACUUUAGAUCAAAGUCUACGCUAUCCCGUCCCAUCAUAAACAGAACGAAUGUUACGGAACGAGCGUUAGGGGGUGUUUCUGUGCCACGAUGGCGUUAUGUCAACGCACGGGACUUGAACGAUCUUAAGGGGGCGUACGCACACGCGCCUUACUCCAGACUCAAUGGCAAAGCGAUUCCGUAUCGCUCUGAGCUGAAGCACGCCAAGAGAAUCGUGGUGAAGUUGGGGAGCGCGGUGAUUACUCGUGAUGACGAGUGUGGGUUGGCGCUUGGGAGGCUCGCAUCUAUCGUGGAACAGGUGUCGGAGCUUCACGCUGAGGGUCAUGAGAUGUUGAUUGUCACCAGCGGUGCGGUGGCGUUUGGAAAACAGCGGUUGCGUCAUGAGAUCGCCAUGUCUCAGAGCAUGAGGCAGAGCAUGCGAGAUGCCCGUGCCAGGAACGGGAACACCAUGAAGAACGAGGACGAGAUGGUUAAGGAAGCGUGCGCCGCGGCGGGACAGGGGGGCCUCAUGGCCCUGUAUGAUUUACUGUUUGGCUUACGUGGGAUUAACACGGCGCAGGUGCUGGUGACCAAGCCGGAUUUCUACAACGAUGACAACCGGCGCAAUUUGCAGAGCACGAUCAGCGAGCUGCUGCGGAUGAAUAUCGUGCCUAUCCUGAACGCCAACGAUGCCGUUGCCCCUCCUCCCGAACCUGACAAAGACUUACUUGGGGUGAUCAGUGUGAAGGAUAAUGACUCCCUGGCGGCGCGGCUAGCUGCGGAGGUCCAAGCCGACCUGCUCUGUCUGUUGUCCGAUGUAGACGGGAUCUACACCGCUCCGCCCGGCGAGGAUUCCUCCAAGCUGAUCGACACGUACUAUCCCGGGAUUCAGAGCACCAUCAAGUUUGGGCAGAAGUCCAGGGUCGGCAUGGGAGGUAUGGAGUCCAAGGUACGAGCUGCACAGUGGGCAUUAGAGCGAGGCACUGCAGUAGUCAUCGCUAACGGCUGUCGCCAGGGUUCCGGUCAGGCCAUUCUGGACAUCGUCAGUGGUCGCAAGACGGGGACGUUCUUCACUGAGGCCAAGGUCUCCUCGGUUACCGUGGAAACUCAGGCAGAGAAUGCGAGAAACGGAGGGAGAGUGUUGUCUUCGCUCACAGCGGAUCAGCGAUCAGACAUCAUCUCACACCUGGCUAACCUGCUGGAGGAGCGCAAGUCGUCCAUUCUCGCAGCCAAUCAGAAGGACAUGGAUGUUGCUAGGCAACAAGGUAACCUGUCAGGGCCGAUGCUGUCCCGUCUGGCGCUGAGCGCCGGGAAGCUGACCAACCUGGCCGAUGGCCUGCGUCAGAUCGCCGCCAGCUCUCACCGGAACCUGGACCGCGUGCUGAAGCGUAUCCAGGUGGCUGAUGGGAUGGAGCUGCGCCAGAUCACCGUACCGAUCGGGGUGCUGAUGGUCAUCUUCGAGUCCCGGCCCGACUGUCUGCCGCAGGUGGCAGCCCUGGCCAUCGCCAGCGGUAACGGUUUACUUCUGAAGGGCGGCAAGGAGGCGACACACUCCAACGAGUACCUGCACAGUCUUGUGCAGGAGUCCCUGGAUCUGUACAGCGCUAAGGACGCCAUCUCGCUGGUCAGCUCAAGAGAAGCCAUCUAUGACCUCCUGAAGCUGGAGCACCUGAUCGACCUGGUGAUCCCGCGGGGAUCCAGCGAUCUGGUGCGCAUGAUCCAGCAGGCCAGUAAGGGGAUCCCGGUGCUGGGUCACAGCGAGGGGAUCUGCCACGUGUACGUGGACAAGGACUGUGAUCCGGAGAUGGCUGCCAAAAUUGUCCUGGACUCGAAGUGUGACUACCCAGCUGCCUGUAAUGCCAUGGAGACCCUUCUGGUGCACCGCAGUCUGCUGAAGACACCUGUGUUCGACCACAUCGUCGACACGCUCAAGCAAGAAAAGGUAUCAAUCAAUGCUGGUCCACUAUUGGCCAAGGCACUUCGCUUUGGACCGCGGGAGGCCAAGUCGAUGCGAGUGGAGUACGGCGGACUGGAGUGCUGUGUUGAAGCUGUGGACAGCGUGGAAGAUGCCAUUAACCACAUCCACAGCUUUGGGAGUUCACACACUGACGUCAUAGUCACCAACAAUGAGCACACAGCAGAGAAGUUCCUCCAGAGCGUGGACAGUGCCUGUGUUUUCCAUAACGCCAGCUCGCGGUUUGCGGACGGCUACCGCUUCGGGCUGGGCGCCGAGGUGGGGAUCAGCACGGCGAGGAUCCACUCCCGCGGGCCGGUGGGCGUGGAGGGUCUGCUAACCACCAAGUGGGUUCUUCGCGGGAACGGAAACUCGGUGGGCGACUUUGCGGAAGGAGGGCCAAACAGCUACAUACAUCAGUACUUACCUGUAGCGGCAGGUGCUGAGGAAUCAGACUCAGAGAAGGAAAACUAGUUAUGUACAAUUAUGAACGUCACAGAAAGCUAAAUUGUAUUUACAAAAAGUUCCCUUUAUUGCAGUAAAAUCUCUUUAAUAUAGAUCCAAUAUAACGUUCAAGAAAAAUUAACUCUACAUGCUUCAUCCAAUGAUAUCAAUAUUCUGAUAAAAUAUAGUUUAGUUUUAUAUAAUAUUUUAUAUGUCUUGUUGAUUUUGUUUGUUUUUUGGUCAAAAAUUAACAUUAGUGAGAUGUUAUAUUCCAAUUACUCUAUUUCAUAACAAAACUAUAAAUAAGAUAAUCAAGAGAUGGUUGAAAGAAAAAAUACCUUGAUUUGAUGUAAAGUCAACUUUUUGUUUUUCAUAUGGUAUCUGUGAGUCAUAGAAAAACAGCGGUUUCAAACA